AUGUACAGCAAUGGAAAUCGCGAUAGAAUACGGCGACCUUCAAAAAACGAAGAUAUAGUUUUGCCAGAACUCCCACCACUGAAUACAAAUAACCCUUUCCUAGAUAAUAGUCUCCAACACGGAGACGAAGUGUCAAUUGGAUGGACGCCUGUGGAAGAACGUCAUAAUCACCAGCAAGAGCCCCAGGACUCGCAAAAACGUUAUAGCUUUCCCGGGAAUAGACAUUUACCUCAAACUCCUCCCCGACGGAAUUCUAAAGACUCAAAUUCGAUUACUUCACCUACUUCUUCGAGCACCUCAAGGAGGCAUUCGGCUCGAAGGCCUCCUCCUCCUCCGAUUCCACAAGCGAUAACGUCUCCAACGAAUUCUGUUGCUUCAUCAAGAAUUUACAAAUCUCCCUUUGUCGGUGAGGCUGCCAUAAAGUGUACUUUGUCUCCAGAACCCAGAGUAUAUAGAUCUCCGUUUGUUGGGGAACCAGUACUGGCAGAAACCGCCCAUAUGGCUACCAGCCCUACUCAGCGGUCAUUUGAAGAUAUGCCUUACGUUACUUUCAAUAACGUAGAAUUCUCAAAGAGAGCCCUGCCGCCUCUGCCAACUUCAACUUCCGAGAACGAUAACCUUAAUAUAUUCAAUGUACAACCGCCACCGGUUCUUGGCGGAGUACGACAUACGAGCAAUAAUAGUAGGCUGUCGGACAGUCUCGGCAGCUAUUAUUCGGAUUCCAAUUACGCAUUUAAUGGCUCAAGCGCAAGACAUAACAGUUUUGGUUCUGUAUUGGGUGGUAAACCUUUAGAUCAAGUACCUAGCAUUACAGCUCCCACUCAGCCAUUCUCCAUAGAUUCGCUCGAUGAGAACAAAUUAUACCAAUGUUAUAGCGUGUAUCGCCUGUCGGACAUUUACGAAUGGAUUUUGAAAGUUUACUUCGAGUGGUUCAAUGAGUACAUAUUCGGAAAGAUCGAAUUCUUUCAGAUGGUACAAUUGUUGCUGGAAUUUCAAAUGCCGAAAAGCUUCGAUCAGGAUACUAUUGAUUCAAACGUUGACAGAAUUAUCGAGUCACUAGUGGCGCAAAAUGCUGUGAGAUUUGAACAAGAUGGACAGUCUGUGAUCACCAUAAUAGUCGCAGGUUUAGAUGUUAGUGGGAUUUUCACUCAGCUGUUGCCGUGUUACUCUUUCCUAGACACAACUCUUGCCCCCUCCGAGACGUCACUAUGUUACUCACUAACUUGUGUUAGUCGUCAACCUAAUGAAAGAGAGGAAAUCAAGUUAUCCGAGAUCAUCAACAACUCCGUCGGUGUAUGGACAGAUUACUGGAAGCUAAGCCAAGAAGAUAUAUCUGAGAUUAAUCCUCGUGAAGUUCAGCGCCAAAGUUUUAUAUUUGAUUUGAUAAUUUUAGAGGAGAGAUCGCUGAACAUGGCAAAUGCUGCGGUUGAGAUUUACGGUAAAAGCUUUGAUCCAAGCUUACUGCCGGACGAACCAGAUUUUGCAGAACGAGCAUUUGACAUUUUCCUUCCACUCAUAAGACUCCAUAAAGAAUUCCUCCUAGGGCCAAUACUUUGGAAGUUAAAGACUCGAGGCAAAUUUAUUGACGGAGUGGGUAAAAUAUACCUGAAAUGGUGUAAUGAAGCACAUGAUAUCUAUCUGAGAUAUGCAUCGGAUAUGGCCACUGUCCAUGCGGUUAUCACCUCAGAGAAGGAACACGACACUAAAUUUGCACAUUGGCUAAGAGCAAUUGAUAACCUCCCAGAGAUAAGUCGGUCCAAGAUGUAUCACGAUGUGAUCUUUUUCGGAGGUUUCUUCAAAUCUUUGCAGAACCUCCCCAUCACAUUGAACUCCAUAUUGAAAAACACAGAGCCAUCCUCCGAAGAUUAUGAGUACUUGAAGUUGGUCAUUAAAGAGGUGGAGAAGUUGAGCGCUGAAGUGAAUCGAGUUCAUGGACUCGCCAUUGAUCGAAGAACUUUAGUGCGCUUUUCCAAGCAGCUAGUUUUCAGAAGCACUGGUGAUAGCAACACCGUGGGCUAUGUGAAUCUCGCUACGAAUGAUGAAGAAGAAGAAAAUAAACCGAGCCAGGAUAGAUUAGAUCUUGGCCUUGCUAAUCCAGAGCGGAAGAUGUUGAUGACUGGGAUGGCAAUGAAGAAGAGGGAGUUGUGGCUGGAACCCACUCCAGUCUACAUUGUUCUUUUGGAUAACUAUUUUCUGAUCACAGAAGCUAUAAUCAAGGGGAAUCAAAAACGAUACAAGUUGGCGGAAAGACCAAUUCCGAUAGACUAUCUAAGUCUGGAGGAGAGAAGAAAAUUUGAACAUCCACAGAGUGCUGGCAGUAGCAUGAGAGAUUUAGCUCCCAGGGAUAGCACGUCUUCUAACAUGUCACCAAUGACAGGGAUAAGACCGAAUCUCAUAAGUGCGGCGAGUUCAGUAUCAAGAUCGAUCUACAAUCCAGCCAACAAUGAAAGAAAACCAAACUUGACUGAAAUUUCAAACGCAAAUCCCGAAGCGCCUGAUAUGUCUUUCAAAGUUAGGAAUACGGCCACCAAUGAGUCGUUUACGUUUAUCACAACUACUCCAGAUGAGUGCCAAAGAUGGAAACUUGCUGUGUUGGAUUGUUUUAGGCGGUCGAGUUAUGCUAACAAUAGCAGCGGUUUUGAGCUGCAAGUUCUGACCACACAAUUCGCCUUUGCCGAGAAAGAAGCACCAGUUAAUUUACCAGUAGCGCCCGAAGGAUCUGUCAUUGAUGUUGCACUCCGCGAAUACGAGAAAUCUAAGUGUCCACCCAGUGCGGUACGACCUACGCUCAAUUUUAGCUCACUUACGCUCGUUCUUGAGGGUAAGAUGUUUCUUAUAUUAGCCACUGACUAUGGUGUUCACAUGAGAAAUGAAUCUGACCAUGAACAAGAAUUUGUAAAAGUAUUGCAGUCCAAGGAUGUCAGACGAAUGGAAGUCAAUUUAAGGUUAGGCCUCCUUUUUGUGCUUGAUGGCAGACUACUGUGUUACUUUAGUAUUUCAAGUAUAAUGGCAGCGUACUAUAGCGCAGAUAAGCGGUCAGCAGAAAAUCGCAUAGUUGGGGUGGUUGUUAGUGAUAAAGUCGGUUGCUUCAAGUUUGCUGAAGAUUUUGGCAAUUCAAGACAACUCUUAUAUGAGAGGAAGGGCCGCAUCUUUGUCAUGACUCCAGAAUAUGACAGAAUGACCAAAGUUCUCAAAUAUUUCAAGACUUACAAAGAGUACAAACUCUCGUCUCUCAAUAGCAGUUUGUCGACGUUGGAUGUUGUUGAUGAUAUCAUCGUCUUUAGAAAAUGUUUUAUCGUCUGCACUUCGAAAGGUUGUGUGGUAUACCACGACGCUUUCAACGACGAUGGAAUAUCAAUACCAACUUUUACCAACGAUCAAGAUGUGACAGCGCUGUUAAAGCAUCCGCAUCUCAGUUCCAAUCCGUUCAGAACGGCAAUUGAAUCCUCUUCCAAGAAAGACUCUUCCAAGCAAAAGAUGGCCGAGUACGUCAAGAAAGAUAUAGCCACAAGUAAGACUAAGCCAAUCACUUGUUUCCAGAUUUCUCUUACCAAUGGUUAUUUGGUUGUAUAUGAUGAAGCAGUGAUAAGAGUUGAUCGUCAAGGUCAAAUCGCCAACUGGAAACUUGAUAUCUUAGUCCUGGAUUUUUACUGCACGGGAGCGUCCUUUCAUAAAGGCUAUUUGACGUUAAUAGGAGACAGUUUAGUACAAGUCUACAGAAUCAAUGAUUCAGAGGUCUCUAUGAGCAAGUUGGUCCCCAUACAGAUCAUCAAAGGUAAAAAAGUUAGGUUAGUGAACUCUGAUAGAAAUGGAGAACCGGUAGUCGCCUUGAGUCAUCCAAGUUUAGCCAAUAGACAAUUACUAGUGGCCUUGAAGCCCCGAUAG